CGCGGCCUUGACUUUGCUCUCCAAUCCGACAACAGAGGCCAAAGCUCUCCGUUGAUCGAGCUUUCUCCACGGGCACUGCAAUCGGAUUGUGUUCGCCAAUCAGUUGAUCCACCACCGCCGUUACUGGUGGACGACUGCCCUCGCGAAGAACACGUGGCGCACAGUUGAUUCGAGUUGAAAUAGUUCAUUCAAACCAAAAAAAAAUUCAAAUACAUCAAAAAGUGAUAAGAACGUAAAAAAUCAUCAGAAACUAAAAAUGAUGUGCAAGCGACUAUUGGCUCAGACCAGGCGGGUCCUUCCAAGGUCCAGCUCAUCGCUGCACUCAAAGGCAGCCUCCGCCAUGGUAACCCAGAUGCCAACUGAGAUGCCCGACUGCGACCACCGGCCGGUGGCCUACGAGGGCUCCAGCUACGAGCAAAUCCUCAAGACACGGCGCAAUCACCUGACGCCGAACCUGCUGGCCCACUUCAAAAAGCCACUUGUGAUCCACGCUGGCCACAUGCAGUGGCUGUACGAUCACGAGGGCCGGCGCUACCUGGACAUGUUUGGCGGCAUCGUUACUGUGUCCGUUGGCCAUUGUCACCCAAAGGUGAACCAGGCGCUUAGUGAGCAGACUGCCAAACUCUGGCACACGACUAACAUCUACAUGCACCCCAAGAUCCACGAGUAUGCCGAGCGACUGGUGGCCAAGUUCCCAGGUGACCUCAAAAGCGUGUGUUUCGUGAACUCCGGAUCGGAGGCCAACGAUCUGGCUAUGCUAAUGGCGCGCCUUCACACAGGCAACCAGGACAUUCUUUCCUUGCGCAACUGCUAUCACGGCAUGUCGCCGUACACCAUGGGCCUCACGGCACACUCCACCUGGCGCUUUCCGCUGCCGGGCGUAAACAACGGACUUGUGCACGUGAUGAACCCCGAUCCGUACCAGGGAAUUUGGGGUGGCUCAAACUGCCGGGACUCGCCUGUGCAGACCACCCGCGAAUGCCAGUGCACCGUGGGCUGCCAGGCCGGCGACGCCUACUACAACGAGCUGGAGGAGACCUUCAAGUAUUCCUUGCCGCGCGGCAAGGUGGCUGCCAUGUUUGCAGAGUCAAUCCAGGGUGUCGGCGGAACGGUGCAGUUUCCAAAAGGGUACCUAAAGCGGGCGGCGGCACUGGUCAAGGCUAACGGAGGACUCUUUGUGGCCGACGAGGUUCAGACUGGCUUUGGACGAACCGGUGAGCAUUUCUGGGGGUUCGAGGGCCACGACUACGUCCCCGACAUAGUCACCAUGGCCAAGGGCAUUGGAAACGGCUUCCCACUGGCCGCCGUUGUCACCACGCCAGAGAUCGCGGCCUCCCUGGGCCAGGCCCUGCACUUCAACACUUACGGAGGAAACCCAAUGGCCAGCGCCGUAGGCAUUGCCGUGCUAGACGUGAUCGAGGAGGAGCAGCUGCAGCGCAACUCACUGGAAGUGGGCACCUACUUCCUAACAGGUCUGGCCAAAUUGCAACAGCGCUUCGAGAUCAUUGGCGACGUGCGGGGUAAAGGCCUGAUGAUCGGCGUGGAGCUGGUGGGCAAUCGGGAAAAGCGUACCCCUCUGGCUACGCCCCACGUCCUGGACAUCUGGGAGAAGUGCAAGGACCUAGGAGUGCUCUUUGGACGCGGAGGUCUUCAUGGAAACGUGCUAAGUAUGAGACCACCCCUAUGCCUAGGUGCCGAAGACGUGGAAUUUGCCCUGGAAACCCUGGAGGAAGUCUUUAAGUUUCAUAUGAGUAAGAGCCCUCGCAGUUGGAGAAACAGCCCAAGGGUGAUGUAGAAUAGUUGUACUUCAGAGCUUAUUUAUUCGCUUUGCUUACAAACUAGUAAUUGAACAACAUUAUAGAGCAGCAUUAUGAUCAACAAUCGAGUCUAAGAGCUAGUGCUUUUUGAGCGAGGCUUAGACUUAGUUAUAAAUGUACAUCUUAGGAGUUGUAAGUAGUAAUGUGUAAUGUGACGUAUUACACCCGCGUACAUAGUUUUAGGGAAAGAGUGUGAUUCGAAUCCGUAUCCUUAAGCUAGUGUAAUGUUUGGUUUCAGUGGCAUUGCCUUGAGCACAAAUAAAUAAAACAACUCGAAGAUCACCUUAGUUUAAACUAGUUAAUGCAAAAACGCAGUCUUCUUUUAAAGUCCAGGAGAUUAUCUUUGGCUGGGGGUCCUGUGCGACUCCGUUCCCCAAGUGGUUCCUGUUAAACUUGUACGUCGGGAUGCUUGCCCUCGUUGUUGUAAUCCGCGUUAAGCAGCGUCUCAGCCAGCUCCUUCCUUGCCUUCUGCAACACCCAAAACAUCAAGGCCACUCCACAAAUUACCUUAAAGACACAAAGUGGAUUAAAACAAGUCUUACUAAACAGCAAUAAUUAAGCAAUGCAAAAACUAUUUGUCAUACGAUCUAAGAAUCCAAGGCGAACCUACCUCAAACACAAAGCUGAUAUAACCCGUCAGUUUGGUCUCGUUAUCACUGAGCACUUCGUGCAUGGACCUUAGAGUAGAACCCAAGUAAACAUUAAUGGUUUGGGCUGGCAGCAACCCUAUCAGCGUGGCCACAUGAUAGUCUCUUGUAUUGAUGGAACUGAUCUGUGAAAAUAAUUAAGUGUCACGAUUUUGUUGUACUACGACAGAUUCAGGCGGGGAGAAUACACAUGACUUUUAAGGAAAACUGGUUUUUGUUAAUUUGAACUGCAGUGAAAUUAAACGAAUAUAUUAACUUAUAUCGUAUACGACUGCUAAUUUUAGAAUUUAAACGCGGUUUCUUAUCCGUAUAAUUAGCUCUUUAAGUAGUUCAGUAAAUAUUUUUAAAUGUAAAUAUACA